AUGGAUACCAUGGACAAUACUUUCGGUAACUAUUCCAUCUUGGGGGCUCACACUGCCAGGCCAAAGAAUUUCAAAGAAACUUAUCAUCCAGUCCAACAAAACUUGAGAAAUUACAAAGCAAAAGAAAAUAGGACUCUAGUUAAAGGCUUGAUGAUCACACAAGGAAUGCACAUGCCCCUACGUUUAGCUAUGGAACAAAAAGUGUUUGAAAGUGUUGGACGUCUACCAAUUUUGAAGUCAUCUAAUUUGCACGCUGAAGUAUUGAAUGACACUCUUGACACAGUCACUGAACGGGAUUACUUGAACCCAGCAGAGUACAAUGAAACAUUAGUUCCAUCAUUUGUAGUUAUGGAUAAAGAUUUAAAAUUUUAA